AUGAGGGAUCGGGAAAGAAGUGCGGAGAAAGGAACCGGUCUGGGACAUGCACCGAAGUCUGGUGGUGUCCUGGACCCCCGUCCCUCCGAAUGGGACCAGAUUUUCCAGGCUCGUCGAGACAUCGCUGGCCUGCGUGGAAGCGAGAACAUAACCUGGCUUGAGUGGGAAGCGAAGGCCAAGGUAUCGGUCGACGACAACCUCGCUCCUGGUACCGCGCUCCGUGACGAGGAGAGCGAUGCCCGAGCUGGGACGGGGGGCGGUGAAGAGAAGAACGUGAUUCGAGACUUCAUGCAAGAUUCCGACAAGUCCGAAUUGUGUCAGCCGCAGGCGGACAAGGUGGACGACUUUGCCUGGGGAGGGGAUCUGGAUUUGUUGGCCGCAGAGACGUGGAAAGGCCCGAGAUCCCUCCCCUUCGUCGCUUGGUUGGACGAGAGGAGCUCUGAAGGUGGAGUGGAACGUUCAAGACCCUACCGUGGGCUCUUGACCGCGCAUGAUCUCCACCGCCAGCUGAAGAAGCCGAGAUUUCGGGAGGUCGGAUCGGGCCACGAAAAUGCUCCGAAUACUGAUGGUAGCGGAAGCGGGGAAGUGGCGCCCUGCUCAGCCGCCGAAAGGCAACGGGAAGACCAAGAGAAGGAUGAGGAUGAGCCCGAUGCUGAACGACGGCUGAUAUUCGUCAACGAUUUAGACUGUUGGACUGUCUAUGCGUUAGUCGGGACGGCAUCGGUCCACCAACAACCGGCCCUCCGCAGUGCUCUAUAUAAUUACCUAGGGGCUGAAGGCUCCAUUGAAGUAACGGUUUCAUCUGUCGGUUGGCCCACGUUCCAACUAGCAUUCCAUCUGCCUUACCACGUAUGGAGAACCUCGGCAGAGCCAUGCCAUGACCAUCGCUUCGAUAAACACGGGGAACCUUUGAGGCACGUGAAAGAUGUGUCCUUGCUGAAUUGUGAGUGCGACGGAUCCAAAGCCUUUAUUUACGAGGCACAAAUCUCCUGUGUGUUGGCCGGAUUCGAUGAAUGGCGAUGGGUUGCCUAUUGCUUCGUCGACUCGUACUACGAUGGCGAGGACGGCGAAACCGUGCUACAAUACCACCGCGACCGCAUGAAUGGGAUGCACGCAGAUCCGUUAGAGCAUGGCAACGCCGACGCUGAAAAGCCGAUCGAGAAGGCCCGAGAAUUCUUUUUGAAGGUUUUCAGAAUUCGGAUCGACCAAGUCAAGAGCGAAUGGGAGCUGGUCGUCGACAAAGUCAACAAGAGUAUUCGCAAAUACGAGCAGGUAAGUCUUCCUGGAUCUUCACCUUUUUGCGGACCAGAGUCGGCGAGAUUUCUUCAUCGUUGA